AUGCCUUUUGCCCUCGGUGUCGGCCGUCGCAUCAUCAUCCUUAUCUCCACUUUGAUUCUGGUCGCUGGAGCUGUCCUCUGUGCGACAGCCAAGAGUUACGAAUGGCAUCUCGCUGCUCGCUGCAUGGUCGGUCUUGCAGCAGGCCAGAGCGAGGCGCUUGUUCCUAUGAUCACCCAGUACCUCAUGACCCAACAAGCCAUCCAAGUCAUCAUCACGACCAUCUACACUGUUUUUGCUAGCCCCAUCGCUGGCAAGAUCACACCUGAAGGCUGGUAUGGUCUUGGUGCUGGUCUUUCAGGUCUUCUGUUCGUUUUCGCUCUUCUCUUCUUGCCCGAGACCAAGUACGACCGCCCUCUUUCGUCAUACCAGGAGGCCACGGAGCACCAUUUCGAUGUCGAAGAGACUGUAAGCAAGGCUUCGCCUUCAGUUCAUCUCUGCACCACCAAACCCGAGCUUGACUUCGUCCGCUAUGCUCCUCGUACUUUCCGCUCGGACUUGAGGUUGUGGGUUGGCAAGCCUGAUAUGAAGCAUGUUCUUGACGUCNAAAUGUUCGGCUUGCUUCUAUUCCCCAACGUUUUAUGGGCUCUCUGUCUCAACGGCUUGACACUCGGUGGCAACAUCGCCAUCGGCACGACGUAUGGUGGCAUUGUCACUGCCGCACCCUACAACUGGAAGCAAGACGUUGCUAGUUACGUCAACAUUGGCCAGAUUGUUGUGGCCAUCAUCGCUCUCCCUCUGCUUGGACACGGGUCCGACAGACUUGUCAAGUGGCGUGCUCAGCGCAAUGGAGGCAUCCACGAGCCCGAGAACCGUAUCCUUCCUCUCAUCUUGCCUCUGAUUGUCGGUGUCUUCAGUUGUGUGCUGUACGGUCUUGCUGCUCAGAACCCAACCCACUACCAUUGGUUCACAUAUGUCUGGGUCGUUGCAGGUAAGCAUAUCAUUCUACCAUUGGCCUAUCCCGCUCGCGCUGGUCCUCUCUUGGUCAUCGUUUGUGCCAUGAGAGGUGUCAUGAGCUUUGGCGUCAGCUAUGGCAUUCAGCCUAUGAUCCUAGCCAAGGGAUACGAUGGCGCAUUCGGUAUUUUCGCCGCUUUGACUGCAGCUUUCGGCCUUUUGGGUGUUCCAGUCUUUAUCUGGGGCAAGAACAUCAGAGCCUUUACUGGCAAGUGGACCAAGGACAAGGAGGCGUGA